CUUCAAGCCUCCACGAGCCGAUCCGCGCGUCACGCGCCGUCACUGGCGUGUUUUCCUCCGCGAGCCGGACGGCUGCAAGAGACACGAUGUGACUCUUUUCCCCCCACCGCGUCCGCGCGUGAAGAGCGGCGUGCGUCCCUUCUGAAUGCGCCGCGGCGAUGAUUUGACAUUUCCUCGACGCAGCUCGGGAGUGAGUCCAGGGAUGCUGCUGCUGCCGGAGUGCCGCCGUGCAAGCCGGAGCUGCGCCCUCCUCCUCCUCCUCCUCCUCCUCCUCCUCGGCUGAACGGGAGAGGCGCGUUUUCCCACUUUGCGCUUUGAGGAAUCCCCGCGAUGGAUCUCUCCCGGGACGCCUGAGCGCCAGUCGCUGCCGGUGCCGUGUGUGUGUGAGUGUGUGUGUGUGUGUGUGUGUGUGUGUGUGUGUGUGUGGGUGCAGCCCCCGCUCCUCCUCAAGAUGGGCAACAGUUUCUCUAACCUGGCCGCCUUCCAGUCGCUGCACAUCGUCAUGCUGGGCCUGGACUCCGCGGGGAAGACCACCGUGCUGUACCGCCUCAAAUUCAACGAGUUCGUCAACACGGUCCCCACCAUCGGCUUCAACACGGAGCGCAUCCGGCUGGGCGGCGCGGGGGCCUCCCGGGGCAUCAGCUGCCACUUCUGGGACGUCGGGGGCCAGGAGAAGCUGCGGCCCCUCUGGAAGCCCUACAGCCGCUGCACGGACGGGAUCGUGUACGUGGUGGACUCCGUGGACGCGGAGCGGCUGGAGGAGGCGCGCACCGAGCUGCACAAGAUCACCCGCUUCGCGGAGAACCAGGGCACCCCGCUGCUGGUCAUCGCCAACAAGCAGGACCUGCCGCGGGCCCUGGACGUCGGGGAGAUCGAGAGGCAGCUGGCCCUGGCCGAGCUGAGCCCCUCCACGCCGUACCACGUCCAGCCGGCCUGCGCCAUCAUCGGAGAGGGACUGGACGAGGGCAUGGACAAGCUGUACGAGAUGAUCGUGAAGAGGAGGAAAUCCCUCAAGCAGAAGAAGAAGAGGCAGUGAGGGCGGCCGAGGAAAGCUUCCCCUCCUGACUCACCGUGAACAUCACCUCUCACCGUGACAGGAGCCUGCGGAUGACGGGAAUAUAUUUAUAAUGAGGCCACGUGCUCCUGCAGGAAUGUCACAAAUGCAAGAAUGCAGUAAACAACCAUCCUCAUCCUCACGAACUGCAUACAUUCACAGAGCAGAACGAAUGUUGGUAGAAAUACCUUGAUAGACGACUGUUCCACCCUCCCUGUGACGAGCAGAGUGCCUGGUAACGACAGGGAACGCUGACAGGACUGUUUGAUUAGAGAUGUCUGCACUACAGCCGGGAUGUUUGUAGAGAGGAUGGAUCUCCUUGCAGAGCUCGCUGCUGCUGCUGUGUUGUGCUGUGCACAGAUGUGAAAACGAGAGAAAGACGAUUCCCCUGAGAAACACACAGGACUCUUGGCUUUGUUCUCAGACCUCCUCAUCCUGAGGAGACUCAUUGGUUUCCUUCAGAGUCGUGUCUUCCUCAGAGGAACCUCCGACUCUGCGAACAGCUGAUUUAGUCUUCUUUUGGAGAGCUGAUGUAGCAGUUUUCACACUCGGUGAACAAGAAGCCAGUUCACACUGGGCCUGAGUUUAAAGACUUGGAUGCAGCUCAUGCUGGCAGAAAUUUGCUGAGUUUUUGGGGAGACUUGAAGCACAUUCUCAGCAUCAAGUCUCAUGAAAACUUAGAAAAGAACCACUCAUGAUUUUUCAUUGAGACAGUUUCAUGGCUCUUUGUUUUGUAGCUGUCGUGACACUGUGUGAAAGGAGUUAUCACGUAAAAUCAACAGAAAAGACUCUCAUUUACACAAAAUCAGAGUCUUUCCGACAAGAAAGGUAGUUUUGUUUCCAGCUGUUUCUCAGAGUCGGUGUGAAGAGUUUGGAGAGCAUCCAAGAAGCUCAGUGUCUUCCUAUAAAUGAUAACGCAGUGAACUCGAUGACAGGCUGGGACCUGUCCUGCUGAAUGACCUCCUAACGAAACGCGUCCCAUCAGGAACACCGCGAGAACCACCUCAUGCACGUCAGGACUGCUGAAUGUCUCACCCGGACUCUUCCCUCAACGCUGCGUUCACACCUGCACGAAACGAGGGCAGAGUUUCUCCGGCUCCUCCAGUAUAAACCCGCAGCAUGUUCUCCAUAUCCGCCGGUUUCCACCUCCAGCAGGGACUCUUAACGUGAAAUCUUCCUCCUCCAACUCUGCAUGACGCAACAGCCGCUACUUCAGACCAUGUAAUGAUACAGUGUAGUGUUACAGCCAAGAUACAGCAAGACCAAACAAUGUAUUCAAAGAUGCCAAAAUGGUAAAGAAGACAGAAGUAUUUUUGGGAUUAAACUCUUUGUAAGUCAA